ACUUCUUAAAAAACAGUUCUGAUUAAAUUCUGAAUUUUGAUGAAAACAUCGAUCAUAGUUUUAAAACGUUUUUAAAGUAAUUUUAUUCUGAAAGCUGGUGAUCUAUGGUUACGAUGACAUGCAUUCACUUACCUUUGAUCACCAAGCGUUUUACUACUAGUGUAAUUUAAAGAAAAACACCCAUUAAAAUCGUCGCUGUCAGAUGUGAACGAAGCGCCUUGCUAAUGGAUUUGAUUUAUGUUAAAAUGUAGAAAUAUUGUAUUACAUUUGAAAGAUGGAUGUUGAUAAGUGAACAGCUAAAAUGGCAGAAUCACAUGUCAGUAUGAGAUAAUAACAUUUGCAUUGAUGCAUUUAUAUGUAUGAAUAUUAAACAAUAAAACAGGACACAUCACAUCACUGCUGAUCAAGAAAGCCUGUGGAGAGGUCAAAAGAUAUUGUUUGUUAAAUCUUGAAUACAAGUGGUAAGAAUGCAGCUGUAUCUGUUGUUUCCUAGCAUAUGCCAAUGGAAACGGCUUAAAAGAAAAACUGCAGAUAAUUCCUCCAAGUAUGCCAAGCUUUGACGAAAUGGCGUCACUAGGGCGGUGGUUUCAGCAGUUUCGAGUGGCCGGUUGUCACUAUUCAAGCUCUGACAGGUUUACAUAUUACGAGCGAAAUCUAGUGAAAUUCGGAAAAGUACUUCAUAGUUUUGACACAUGGAGAAAUGAUAUUUGCAACACUUUAACCACGAGAUAUUUCACUACAGACCCAGGAGUCUAUACAGUCAAGGAUCCAAUUGGUGCCAUUUGGAGUGGAUUAGCAAUUAUUCCAGCCACUGAUUAUAAGACAUUUAAAAUCUUAUACGGAUGCACGAAGAUUUCAACACUGGGCAACAGAUGCGAUGAUCCCCGGCUUCAGGUUUUCACAAGAGCCUCAAAACCAGGAAAAAGGCUGAUGGCACAAAUUGAUUACGUUCUGCGAGGACUUUUUGGAAUAACAAUCUCUGAGUUACCUAGAAUUAGACAACUCGAACCAUGUCCUUCAUUCCAAGGAAAUAUCAAAGGCAUGAAGGGCCUGAGAGUCGACUAAUGAUUGAUAUACUGGUAGUAUAGUCUACCAGUUUCAGUUUGUUUUUAGUUUUUUUCCCCCAAGUAAACAGAGAUUUUGUUGCAAUAAAUGAAAUGAACAUUCAGUCGAUGCCUAGUAAAACUUUGAUUGACAUUAUACAAGUAUUUAAACAACCCAAUAUAUUUCUCUAAAAUUGAAGAGUGGUUCGCAGAAAUAAAAAUGUUGAAAGUACAAACUACAAUUUGACAACUGACACUAAGAUACUGCCCAUGACUAUAUAUAUAUUUUUCCAGUAAACAUUUGCGUCCGGCGCUGCCAAAAGAGGCAAUUAUCGGCUGGUAUAUAUUCGCACAUGUUAAAAUUUGAAUAUGACAAUUUAUAUAUUAAAAUUUUACAGCGCGGAUUGCCACAAACAAUUUGUAACGGAUGGACGAAAGAACUGUUCAGAUAUUUUCCAGAUAAUGGGUCUGGCGAUAACAGUGUCAUAUAAUAGGUAUUGUUCAAUCAUAUUAUAAGAGGUGUCAGUUUUAAGUAUACUUACUUUUGUGUUUUUACUUUACAUGUAUGUAAAUGUUGCUGAGUGUCAAUAUAUAGUGUAACCGAUAUUAAUAAAUGCAGUUCUUUUUUAGUUAUUUAUUCUAUUUCAGACC